UUUUACGUUGUGACAGACUUCAGCAACUCCUGCAGUAGCAACCGAGGAACCACUAGUCUCAAGACAUGCGGGUGGCAGUGAUUGGAGCCGGAGUCAUCGGCCUGUCCACAGCUCAGAGCAUCUAUCAGCAGUAUCACUCCAUCGUCAGCCCACUGACCAUCGAGGUGUACGCAGACCGUUUCACUCCACUGACCACGAGUGAUGGAGCUGCCGGAUUCUGGCAGCCAUAUCUGUACGAUAAAGGCAACGUCCAGGAGACAGAAUGGAAUAAAGAGACAUUUGACUACUUGCUGAGCUUUCUCAGUUCACCAGAUUCCAUACAAAUGGGUAUAUUCCUUCAGUCUGGCUACAACCUCUGCAGUGAACCAUCCCCAGAUCCUUCAUUUAAAGAUUCUGUCCUGGGCUUCAGACACCUCACAGCACGAGAGCUGCAGAUGUUCCCUGGAUACAAUUAUGGGUGGUUCAACACUGCUCUCAUGGUGGAAGGUAAAACAUACUUACCUUGGCUGAUGGAUUGGUUGCAACAAAGGGGUGUGAAAUUUUAUCAGCGGAAAAUAGAGUCCUUCAAGGAGCUGGCAGAAACUGGGGCAGACGUGAUAAUAAACUGCACUGGGAUAAGAUCAGGUGAUCUUCAGCCGGACCCUGACCUCAAACCAGGCCGGGGUCAGAUAAUAAAGGUGGAUGCUCCAUGGAUGAAGCAUUGGAUUCUUACACACAAUUUUUCAAAAGGAGUUUACAAUUCACCAUACAUCAUUCCAGGGAGUCGCCUUGUGACAGUUGGCGGGAUUUUCCAGUUAGGAAACUGGAGUGAACAGAACAACUCCAUCGAUCAUAAAAAUAUCUGGGAAGGCGCUUGCAAGCUCGAGCCAAGUCUCAAGCAUGCCAGGAUAGUGGAGGACUGGUCCGGCCUCAGGCCUGUUCGCAGCAAAGUGCGACUGGAGAGGGAGACCAUACAGUCUGGUGCAGCUCCAAUAGAGGUGAUACACAACUACGGCCACGGAGGUUUCGGACUCACCAUUCACCGAGGCUGCGCCCAGCAGGCGGCGAGGCUCUUCGGUCAGAUUGUGGAACAGAAAGGCAAAGGUCCAAAAGCUCGCUUGUAAAUUUUUAUCCGACAGUAGUGAAUGUUGCUUUUCUUAUUUUAAUGUCAGUGCCUUGUAUCCCAUACUGCACAAACUGUUCUUGUCUAAUAACUAACAUUCAAAUCAAACAGAUAGUUGGUAUUAUAUAUAUCUUAGGGAUAAUUACAUCACUUUGAAAUAAUCUAGUGUUUGUGACUUGUAUGCCACUAUAAAGAGGAAACACUCCUGUCACUGUACUCAUUCAUUAUUGAUUAACACAUUGUUCAUUUAUAUGUAACCAUACUCAAAUCUGAGGAGGUUUCAGUCAUUUAAAUA